AUGUACGUAGCAGAUCUGGUGGAACACUUGCGCAAUCCAAUGUUGGUGCAGGAGUUGGUGGAGAAGCUUCCGUCACAAAUGCGAAUGCAGUGGUCCUGGUACAAGCGUACAAUUUCGGACGUCAACCUGGCGACGUUCGGCGAUUUCAUGUCAGAAUUAGUAAAGACUGUGACAGAUCGAUGGGAUCAACCGCUGAUUAUCAAACAUCCAAUGAAAAUAUCACAACGGAUUUCGGUGGCCAUCUCCGGAGCCGGGUUCAAGAGUAAAUUUCAGCUGAAAAAUGUGCAUACGGUGCAGAAGUUGAAGCUCCAAGGACAGUCGUUCCAGUACAGCGAGCUCCAAAAGAUCUAUCCACACCUCAGAGGACUUCCACUAAACAACUACUCUAACGCAGUACCGAGAAUGAUUAUUGGUAUCGAUUACGCGCAAUUGCUUACUACAUUGAAAGUGCGAGAAGGUAAAACCAACGAACCCGUUGCAGCGAAAACGCGACUAGGUUGGUGCGUGUACGGUAAGAAGGUUAACGGUAGCAGUGCUGUUACGCGGUUGCAUGUUCACUCGGAGGACAUCGAAAACCGCGAGCUGCACGAGUUAAUGAGGCAGUAUUACAAUGUCGAGGAGGCAGCAGUGGCUACACCGUUAGAGUCGGAGGACGACAAACGAGCCCGAAUUAUUCUGGAGAAUACUACGCGAAGAGUAAAAGGUGGUUUCGAAACCGGGCUCCUGUGGAAGUAUGACAAACCAUCGUUCCCAAAUAACUAUCCGAUGGUCGUACGCAGAAUGCAGUCGUUAGAGAAGCGACUUGCCAAGGAACCAGGUCUGCGGGAGCGACUAAACGUACUGAUAACAGAGUACAAAUCGAAAGGGUAUGCACACAGAAUAACACAAAGGAAGAUGGAGUCGACGGAUGCGGGUCGCGAGUGGUACCUACCAGUUGGAAUUGUAAGAAACUCGAAGAAGCCCGAGAAGAUUCGUCUGAUUUGGGAUGCUGCAGCGCGGGUUAAUGGUGUAUCGCUGAACGAUAUGCUCCUGAAGGGGCCAGAUAUGCUGACUUCACUAUUUACAGUUCUGCUGAGAUUUCGUCAAAGACCAGUUGCAGUGUGUGGGGACAUCCGUAAGAUGUUCCACCAAAUACGGAUAAUAUCACAGGAUAAACAGUCCCAAAGAUUCAUUUAUCGGGAGCAACUUGAUCAACCACCGCAGGUCUUCAUCAUGGACGUGGCAACCUUUGGCGCGACGUGCUCACCGUGUUCUGCACAGUACAUAAAGAACACGAACGCGCAAAACUUCAAGUCACUAUUCCCGAAAGCUACCGAAACGAUCAUCAUAGCCCAUUAUGUAGGCGAUUACUUGGACAGCGUGGACACGAUUGAAGAAGCGAUUCAAAUAAUAGAGGAAGUGAAAUACGUGCAUGCUAGAGAAGGGUUUGACAUUCGGCACUUCUCGUCCAAUUCAUCUGAGGUACUGCGACGUCUAGGUGAGAUAAGGCAGAUACACGAGAAAUCGAUGAUAUUGGAUAAGACCGUGGAAUCGAAGCGUGUUCUUGGUAUGGUGUGGAAACCCGCGGCAGACGUUUUCACAUUUGAUGUUACCUUGAUGGACGAUUUAUCGUUGCUGUUGUUCGGAUGGAGUCACGCCCACGAAACGAUUCUCAUGCAGCACAUCUGGAGAUCUGGCACGGACUGGGAUGAAAAGAUUUCGGACGGUCUGCACGAUCUGUGGGACGACUGGACGCGACUUUUGAAACGGUUGAGCGACGUGGAAGUUGCUCGCUGUUUCUUUGGUGAGACGAGUAGUAAGCGGCAUAGCGGGAUACAAUUCCACGUGUUCGUUGAUGCAAGCGAGUUAGCGUACGCCUGUGUUGCAUAUCUGCGGAUCGUGCAAGAGGGAAUCGUGCGAUGUGUCCUUGUUGCGGCAAAGACAAAGGUGGCGCCGCUAAAGCCGCUCUCCAUCCCUCGCCUAGAGCUGCAGGCAGGACUAAUAGGUUCCCGGUUGAUGGUGAAUGUAUGUUCUUCUUUGGACCUUCCCAUCGAAAAGCGUUUCAUGUGGACAGACUCCAGAACAGUUCUAUUUUGGGUUCGAUCGGAUAGUCGGCGAUAUCACCCGUACGUAGGGUUUCGCGUCGGCGAGAUUCUGAAUGCCUCCUCCGUUAAUGAGUGGCAUUGCGUCCCGUCCAAGCAAAACGUGGCCGAUGAUGCUACAAAGUGGGGUGUUGGGCCCAGCUUCAAUCCGAGUAACCGCUGGUAUAUUAGUCAGAACUUUCUAUACUUUCCAGAGAAAGAAUGGCCCGAGCAACCGACAAAGCAAUGGAUGACGGAAGAAGAACGGCAUGUUGUGUUCCAGUACCUUCAACAAAUACCGCCACCAUUGAUCGACGUGAACAGGUUCUCGAACUGGAACCGUUUUUUGCGAACGACGUCGUACUUGCUAAGAGCAGUUAAGCUGUUUCGGAGAGGGGGUCUGUCUGGGCCACUGACGAGCGAUGAGCUGCAGCAGGCGGAAAACUUCUUGUGGCGGCAGGUUCAGUUUGAAGCCUUUCCUGAUGAGUACUGUCUGCUAGAAUUCAACAAGUCAAACCCAGAUAAGGAAAAAAACAAAUCGAGAAGUGUAGCCCACUCUACGGACUGUCAUCGUAUAUGGACGAUGAGGGCAUGA